CUGGGUGCGCCGGCGAUCAGUGUGCGUGAGGAGAGCCGGUAAGCAGCAUUCCUCAGAGGGGACAUCUACACUGAUAAUCAGGGCACUAAUCAUCAGUGCCCUGAUAAUCAGUGCAGCCCUAUCAGUCAUAUUUUUCAAUGCCCAUCAUUGCCACAGAUCAGUGUCCAUCAAUGCCAAAUAUCAGUGCCCAUCAGAGCUGCCUUUCAGUGCCCAUUAGUGAUGCCUGUCAAUGCCCAUCAGUGCCUCAUCAUCAGUGCAGUCUAUUUGUACCCAUCAGUGUCACCUAUCAGUGCCAGUCAGUACUGCCUAUCUGUGCCCAUCACUGUCGCCUAUCAGUGCCAGUCAGU